UUAAUCUUCGUGUCCCCGUUUCGCGCUCUCUCGCCAACAUGACAGAGCCGACGGAGCAACCCGAUUGGUCACAACUUCCCGGCGACCUCGUCGAAACCAUCAUACACCGCUGGUCAACAAAACUACAAGACUUCAUCCACUCCCGAUUCGUUUGCAAGCAGUGGAGAUCGCUCCCCUUGCCGGAGUUCCGCCAAUCCCUGCCGUGGCUGGUCUCGCCGUGCAAGUCAAAGUCAGCAAGCAAUCCCAAAGCCGUCGGUUGCAACGGCAAUUGGCAUCGCAUCACGGACGUGACGACGGCGGCGGCGGAAAUUAAAAACAAGAAGCCCCGCCUCCAGCACGUCAACUUAGCCGACGGCCCGCGGCGGGUCGAGGUUCAGUGUCUCGGCUCGGCCUUCGGAUGGCUGCUCCUAAAAGAAGUAAGAUCACCGCCGCCGUCGUGGGGCCCAAUUCUGUGCUUGAUGAAUCCGUUGACGAGAAACAAGAUCUACCUCCCGCAGGAGACGACUACAGGACAGGGCACCUGCGUACCGUGCUGCAUAGCCAGGUUUCUGAUGUCGGCCGCCCCGACGGCGACGAAGACAGAGGAGUCCAUCACGGUGGUGUUGUUGUACCAGGACGUCGGCGACGUCGGCGGGGGACUGGCUUUCUGCAAGCUCGGGUGGGACGAGCGAUGGACAUUGGUCCCUUUCCACGAUCACCUCCCGACGAAUAAGGUCGCGGAGAUUGUAUCUUGGAGGGGUAAAAUUCACGUCCUUUGCGAAGAUGACGGGAGGGUUUUGGCCUAUGAUCAUCUGCAGCCCAAGUUCUCGUUGGCUUUUCUUGCUGAAAACUCUGCGGAUCUCUUUAACGGCGAACGGCCAUGUAAUUACCGGUUGGUGGUGAGCCCAGAGGGGGAGCUGAUCCUGCUGAUCAGUCAUUGUGAGUCGGCGGGUGGACGAGUCAAGAGAUUCAGUAUUUACAGGGCGAAGGAAGACGGAAGGAGAUGGAGAUGGGAUGCGGUUGGGAGUAUUGGGGAUUAUGCUCUGUUCUUCGAUUCGAGCUGUGCUGUUUAUGUAUCCGUCAGAGAUCAUCCGGAGUGUAGAAGGGAUUGUGUUUACUAUAUGGAGAAUGUAUACGAUCUCAAGAUGAACGAGUUUGUUCAUCGUUCAGGCGACGGUGGUCGUGCGGUGGGGAAUUGGAUUUUGCCGUCUAGUUAUUAGUUGGCGGUGACUAGCUGUAACUACGAGAUGAACAGAGCUGAGAAGACUUGGGGCGAGGUCGAGAUCAUAAGUGAUCACGUUGUCUUCUUUGAUUCUUCAUUGAAGUAUAUAAAUCAUACUGUUUAUUAUGAACCGGGGAAAUAAACAAUAUAUCUUGACAUUGUCUUGUUGAGAUUUGUUAUAUAGAUCAUAAAUUAGUUUGAUUAGUUUGGGGAUGAUAAGACACAUAAAUAAUGGGUGAGUUACUAUUGUUAAUUCUAUAAUCCAAAUUAUAAAAUCCAUUUAAGUACAAAUAAUAGGUGUGAACACGCACAUAUAGGAUAUAGUGUACGCUAGUCCACACUAGUUUACGUCAGGCAUACGCUAUAAGCCUGUGUUCACAUUACUGUACGACUGUCAAGUUUUAUUAUUUAGAACACCAAUUAAUCGGAGUUUGAAGAAUGAUACUACCCUAACCUCCAAUGGGUGAACCUCAGUCUCUAAUCCCAGUGGCGGACCCAGAAAUUUUACAUAGGGGUAUCAUCUUUUAAAAAAUAAAAUAAAUAAAAACGAAAUAGCUAAUAAAAAUGAUUAAAUAAGAAAAUUCAUGACUUGUACACAGUGGCGGACCUAGUAAAGGGCAGGGUGUGUCGUCCGACACACCCUCGCCCGAAAUUUUUGUGAAGUACCUAUAUAUUUUUGGUACAACUUUUUUUAAUUCGGGACUUCCGACACACCUUAAAUAAUUGUGAGCGACACACCUUCAUUAUACGAGAAUGAUUUUCUUGUUAUAAAGUUAUUUAUCUUAAUGAGUAAUACACAAUUUAAUAAGUAAAUUCAAAUAAGUAUGCUUGUUUUAGAGUAACCAACACCACAACCUAGAGAUGACAAUAGAGCGGGUUUGCCUAAACCAACCUCAUCCCCAUUUCCAAAUAUUCAAACUCAUACCCGUCUCAUACCCAUGCAGUGAAAGGUCUUACAAACUCAUCCUCAUACCUGUGGUUUUCUGAUACCCAUGGGUAAUACCGCCCCGACAACUACUCACCAUUCAUAAUAGAAUAUGGUGACAAAUAUGGUGACAAAUAUGGAUACUACCCACCCAAAAUUAUGGAACUAAUACAUAAGAGGAUGAAAUUAAGGUUUGGUUGCCAUCAAUUACAUUUUAACACUUUAUUUUUUCUUUUAAUUACUCUUCAUUCGAUUGUCAAGUUACCAUACACUCCUUAUAUUUUAUGUAUAUAACAUAAUAUCCUUGGUAGGGCGGGUUUGGGUAUGAGUAUGGGGCUGGAGAGUUAAAAAACCAUACCCGCCCCAUACCCAUCAACCUUUUUGGGGGGUUUUAUCCAUACUCGCCCCAUACCCAGUCAAUGCAGGGAUUCCCGUAUUGACUGGGUCGGAGGAGGUCGGGUACCCGCGACCAUAGGUUUGGUUGUCAUCCCUACCACAACCCAACAAUGGAAAAAAUAAACAUAACCCCAUCCUUUGAAACUCACCGUUUCCAUCCCUUGACCCUUCCUUUAUUGAAAAUAAAAAAACUCACCAUUACCCCGUUUUAGUUUCUAAUUAUCGAGAGUCACUACCACAUCUCCCUUUUCUUUUACCCUUUAGUUUUACUUGCUUUUGGAAGUUGGUGUUGACUUUACCUGUUGCAAUUGAAAGCUGCGAAAGAUUUCAGCUAUGAAGAUAAUCAAGAAUGCACUUCGAAAUCGGUUGAGUGACGAAUUUAAUGAAUCAUUGUUUAGUUGUGUAUAUCGAAAAGGAUUUGCUUCGCAACAUAAGCAAUGAAUGUAUUUACAGACAUUUCUAGUAAACAUGACAUUGUGAA